AUGCCGGUACGCCUCCCCGACACCCCAGAGCUCGUCGCGGCGAUCGAGGCUUUCGACCUGGCGCUCAGCGCGCUCGACGCGGGCGCCGCAAUUCCCGACCCGCCAGCGGGAUACCGCACUUGGCGUCACCAACUCACGGGCGACGGCCGAUGGCUGACGGCCCGGGGCGAGAGCCUUCGCCUCCUCGCCCUCGAGUUUUUCCAGGGCGGAGGCAUCGCGGUUCGCACAACCGUCGCCGAGCCAACCACGACCACCACGGCUCCAUUGACUACACCUUCACUGUCACCAUCCGAGUCAGCUUUGCUGGGUCCGUUCGGUUCUCUCGUGGCAGAUGAGUUCCGAGCAGAGCUCCAGGCUCGUCGGGCGGAGCGUUUGCGCUCGUUUCGCCGGGGUCGUGGUCGUGGCAUGUCCCGCGGACGCGGUUGGACUCACCCAUACCAGUACCCGGGCGCGCCGGGGAGUUCAACUACUCCUACUCCAGGUCCCGGACUGGCAGCUGUUGGUUUCACCAAUGGUAUGCAACCGGGUUAUGCUGCUGCGACGACUUCCAUGCCGGUUCCUGCGCCCACGCCGACGUCUGCAUCGUCGGGGGCCGGACACGACUUCCAUUCUUUCGAGAGUGGCUCCUUGCAAUCGGGCUCGUAUUACGGUGGGGCUAAUGCUGUUGCCGGCCCUUCUAACCGCUCCGGUCCAUCUGCCCAGUUGACAGACUGGGGUAGCCCUCCCGAGACACCGGUCUCUCCGUUCCAGGGCAUGAACAUGCAGGGAGAUGAGGAUGUCGCUAUGUUCAAUGCCGCGUCUGCUGCCGUUCAAGGUGCUGGACCGGCUGCUGAUGGCCACAUCGUUGGCCCAGCGGCGGGUGAUGCUAUGGGUGGUUCCAUGGGUGCUAGCGGAGUCCCUGGUGCUGCAUCAUCCUCUAACACUACUAUCUAG